AUGCCUUCGAUCUACAAUAAAGACAAACCGUGGGAUACGGAAGACAUCGACAAAUGGAAGGUCGACCCUUUCAAACCCGAAGAUAACGUCGGUGGUCACUUUGUGGAGGAAUCAUCCUUCGCAACACUCUUCCCCAAGUACAGAGAAGUUUACCUCAGAGAAGCAUGGCCGCUCGUCACGAAAUCACUCGAGAAACAUGGCAUUGCCUGUACACUUGACUUGGUCGAGGGUUCCAUGACAGUAAAGACGACCAGAAAAACCUUCGAUCCUGCUGCUAUUCUCAACGCUCGCGACUUGAUCAGACUGCUUGCUCGUUCAGUGCCAGCACCGCAAGCUGUGCGCAUCUUGGAGGAUGGCGUGGCGUGUGAUAUUAUCAAGAUUAGAAGCCUGGUUCGUAACAAGGAAAAGUUUGUAAAGAGGCGGCAACGCAUUCUUGGUCCCGGCGGCACAACAUUGAAAGCGCUCGAGUUGCUCACGUCCACGUACAUUCUCGUCCAUGGUAAUACCGUCUCGGUAAUGGGCCCGUACAAGGGUCUCAAGGAAGUUCGUCGCGUUGUGGAGGACUGCAUGGACAAUGUACAUCCCAUCUACAAGGUGAAGGAGCUCAUGGUCAAGCAAGAGCUCAUGAAGGACCCCACGCUCGCCAACGAGAGCUGGGACAGAUUUCUGCCAAACUACAAGGCACGCAACCUGAGCAAGCGACACGUGCCCCACAACGUUACCGACAAGGCCAAGAAGGUCUACACGCCUUUCCCGCCCGCACAAGAGAAGAGCAAGGUGGACCUGCAGAUCGAGGCUGGUGAGUACCACGUCGGCAAGGAGGCGAAGAAGAGAAUUGCACAGGAAGAGCGCAUGGAGAAGCAAAAGAUCAAGAAGGAGGAGAAGAAGAGGGAGCGCGAGAAGGACUUUGUUGCACCAGAGGAGGGUACCGACAGGAAAAAGAAGAAGAGAAAGACCAAGACCGAGGAUGAGGACUAG